GCUUACUCUGUGCACCUCUGGUGGUGGAUACCGAUCAAAUAUGCUUGAGGCUUCCGACUUGAGUUCCGACUUGAGGACAAGCGAAGAGCAGUAUGGUGCCUCGCACGUUGGAGCUCCAGUCAAGCCAUGGCAGUGGGACGUGACACGUCGAGACAGCUUGGGGAAUAACUCCUGGGAAGCUGCUGGCGGGAUUUCUGCGCUUCAGUUGAGUGGAAAUUCUUCUCCUCUGAGUCUGCAGUCGUCCACCAGUCCUGACUCUCUUCAGUCUCCCUUCGGAGGAAACGUUGAUGCGGUCAGUGACCUGCUGCAGAGCUUCUCCCCUCAAACUCCCAGUCCUCAACUGCAACCAGAAGUGACGAGGUCAAGUGUCGAAGUCGAAUAUCCUCUGUUUCUCGCUAGCUCGAGCAUGGAAAAUCGAUCCUCAUCUUCAGAGUCCCCCAACACCAGCGAGUACACGUUCGAAGGGCUUGAACUCCUUGCAGAACGUUCGAGCAGGAACAAUUCUGGACUGUCUGCGAUUCACAUGGAGGAGCUGAAGAGCAUGUCCCCGAGAAAGCUGCUGGCUGCUGUCACUGUCUUGCAGAAGAGACUUGCCGAGACCGAGAGUGAGAAGACUCAGCUGGAGCUGUCACUCGAAAAGCAGAGCCAACACAUCCUUGCCUUGAAGGGCCUCUCCUCGUCCCAAGCCAAGGAAGUUGAGUCGCUAUCGGCUAAGAUCGACGUGCUGGUGAAUCAGUUGCGAGAUGAGAAGAAGAAAAACAAGGAGACGGCACUGCGGCGGAAGGAGAUGAAGGCGUUGUCUCUCUCGCAUAAUUUUGGACUCGAGCAAGAGCUCCAUGCGGAACGAAUGAAAGCUGAGGAGUUGCGCAAGUUCUACGAGAGCGAACUCGCAAUGGCGAAGGCCAAGAUAGAGUGUCUAGAGAAAAUGACGGGCAGCAGAUGACGCCGUUGUACAAGUAGAAGACAGAAAGUUAUUUGUUAUUUGAUUACAUUUUGCUUUUAUG